UAUUAGUUUUCACGUUUGUUAAUGUUCAGUUACAGAAUGAAUGUCAUGCAUGGCUAUUGCAGGGAAUUGGGCUGUAUUAUACUAACAAUCGAUAUGAUUUACUCUCAUUUUAUUACACAUAUAUACAUGUGCAUGGCAUUGUAUCGGUAUUUUCAUUAUUGUUGGUUAUAGCAGUACUUAAUAAGGGGCUGGCCGUAAAGCGCUCGUCUGAUGCACAGUCGGUGUAGGAUCGAUCCCCGUCGAUCAUUCAUCAGUAAAUCGAAUCUAAUCUUUACACUUGGUGAACUAAUCAUCAAAGACGUUGGGGUGUUACGAAGAUGUACUCGAAACCACGGCGGAAAUACACGACAGUAAAUUUGUCCAAGAAGAGAUCAAAGUCAUUUUAUCAUGCUUACAAAAUCACAGAAAACGUAGAUUUCAAAAAAUGCAGUGUGUGCAACAACAUCAUACACGAUCCGUCUGGACUGUUCCUUCUCUCUUGCUUACGUCCCGUAUGUGCCACGUGUAAAGGAGGCGUAACACCAAUACGAGAACACUGUGCAUCCUGCCAAGAAAGAACGUUUGCCAAAGUUUCAGUGGAUUCGGUGAGACAAAAUCAUUUUAUUGCAUCGCGCGUGUCAAAAAAUCCCGAGAACAUUUUCUGCUCCAAGGAACAUCACGCGGCGUCCUGCUACUGCUUCAACUGCAGACAGUUUCUCUGUGGUGAAUGUCAAAGUGAUCACAUGGCAUCGCGAGAAUCUCACGAGAUUAUGACGUUGGACGAGAUAACGGAGCAACCCGUCAGAGAUUGGAACAUCCAUUCUAGCUGUUCCCGACAUCCGGGUUAUCCUGUGACGCACUGUCGUCAGUCCGACCAACAAUAUGAACUGAAAUGUGUUGUCUGUAAAACAGAGAACAAUAAAUACGAACCAGAUGAAAACUAUUUAGAAACAGACUCGGCUUUUAGUCACGAGGUAACGAAACUGCAAAUGCUUAGUGAACGUCUUGCAAAACAAAUAUCGGUGUUGUGUUCCAGUCUGCGCUGCCAGCAUCGGAAAGAACCUUUGAAACGGCACAUCACAGAAACCUUUGAAAGAUUUGAAGAACAAAUACAGGAGAAGUAUGGGGAGUUGAAACAACACACGACAAAUGAUGAAUUUUCCUCGGAUGCUGAAAUGCAGGCGAAGCUAAAAGAAGCGAGAGACUAUGCCCAAGGUCUGUUUACCACAUCCAAGCAUGACUUCCUAUCUCUGGUGCCGAGGGUUCAGAAAAGGUUGGGAAGUCUUCUGAAGACUAUGGACAACCCAGUAACAACACACACCAUGUCAGCUAGAAAUUAUUACAUUCUAGAACAAAGAAGUGAAAGGCUGCAGUCCAGGAUGAAGUAUUUUGGAGAGUUGGCAAGCAAACCAACAACGAAACGCCGUGGUUUGAUUCGUCCACCACCAGUGAUAUACACCAAACCAAUGAAGUUCAGUAUGAAUACUAAUAAACAAAUGUAUCAGCCUCUAAGACUGCAGACAUACUCACCGAAAGUAAAGAGUUCCAAGAGAGAUACCAACGUGAAGACAUAUCCAACUGUGAGGUUACAGAAAUACCCCAACAGUGGUGCCAAUGAAAGCAGGGUUACGGUAAAGUCCUCGGUAAGUCCAAACCCACCUUACAGAGAUAAAACAAAAACACGCUUAUCUUCUAAAAUACCUAACAAAAACAUUUCAUUGAAUCGAAAUCCAGUUCAGACAAAAACACGAUUGCCUCCCAGAACAUCUAAGGGAAAUGUUUCACUGGAUUCAAACUUAAUGCACCGAGAUCAGACAAAAGCACAAAUUUCUUCUAAAGAAAAUGUUUCAAAGAAUCGAAACUUGUAUCCAUUGCAAACAAAAACACGACCAAGCGCGAAGGCACUCAAGGAAAACUCUUCAUUGGUUUCAAAGACACUGCAUCGAGAUCAAAGAAAAAUACAACUGCCCCUGACAAAACCUACAGAGAACCUCGCACUGAACCGAAAACCACUACAUACACCUCAAACCAAAACACGACUGCACCCAAAAAAAUCCAAGGAAAACUCUUCAACGGUUUCAAGACAAUUACAACUAUGUGAUAUAAAAGUCGAACUUCCCGCAAAAAAACACGUGGCUAUAACACUGAAGAGUUCAAGGAAACGAAACAUUAAACCCAAAGGUAACGCAACAACCCAGACUGAACAAGCCAGAUCAAAACCAAACAAAGACAGGGUGCAACCAGAAAGGCUUUUACCAACCCCGGAAAAACCAAACAAAGACAAGAUGCAACCAGAAAGGCUUUUACCAACCCCAGACUGUCUGAGACCUCCUCACCGUAUUGGGAAAUCAUCAAAGUCUAGUAACAAAGGUGGUGCAUCUACAGCCAGAACACCAAAAGUGGCUGACAAGAAGGAUACUUCCAAAUCAAGAACUAAAGAAACAUCUGACGCAUUUCGAAAUCAACUGCAACGAAUGCAGAUUUCAAACUAUCUUACAGGGACACAGAAAAACGAUAAUAAAGAAUGGAUUUUUAAGUCAAAGUCUGGUGGAUCUGUCAGGAGUUCUGACAAAAAAGCUAGGAAAAUGGACAAAAAGGAUGACACUACUUCCCGACGAAUUUUGCCUCUUAGGAGCAGAUGCAUGUUGGUACCAGGAUCACCGCCAGGGUCGUUGUGCAGUGAUGAUCUGCUCCUUGACGGCAAUGGAGACGCAUUCCUUGGGCAGCUGGUCGUGAAACAAUCUGCUGUUUCACAAACUGAGAGUGAAAACUCAAAACGUAACGAGGAGACAUUCAGCAAAGAUGAGGAAUAUACAUCGCUGGGUUACAGUUCGUCGAUGGGCAAAGACGACGAGGAUAGCCAAGACACUUUUCUUGAGGACGAGGAGAAAAUGAAGGCGCUGAUGUGCCCUUUGGAAUAUAAGCAAGAUUCGUUACAGAAUGAAUUGCUUCUAGCUGAUGGUCGGCGUCCUGAUGCUUCAAAUGGGAUUCCAGAACAUGAAAAUACUUCUAACAACCAGGUGCAAGAGGACGUCGGGUGGGAAAGUAAAUACAGUAAGGAUAAUUUUUAUAACACUCUUGAGAGACUAAGAUCUGAUAUAAAGAAAAUGUAUUUCAAAGGGAAGGACAGUGACUUUGAAACUUCAGUGGACAAUAAAAAUGAAAUUCCUGAGAGCAAACCUAUUGAUAUCCAAGUUGAAACACCUGAGAGCAAACAUUCUGACUCCAUAUUUGAAACUAAUAACAACAAACACCUUGGCUCUCAGUUUGAAACCAUCGAGAACAAACAUCCUGACUCUCAAUUUGAAAUCACUGAGAACAAACACCCUGAUUCUCAAUUUGGAACCACUGAGAACAACUGUGUUGACUCCCCAUUUGAUAUAUUUGAGAACAAACACCCUGACUCACAGUUUGAAACCAUUGAGAACAAUAAUCUUUACUCCAGGUUUGAUAUCUUUGAGAACAAACAUCCUGACUCUAAAUUUGAAACCACCGAGAACAAACAUUGUGACUCUAAAUUUGAAACCACUGACAGCAACCGUCUUGAUUCCCCAUAUGAUAUAUUUGAGAACAAACACCCUGACUCCAAUUUUGAAACUAUUGAGAACAAACAGCUCGGUUCCCAAACUAAAACUACCGAAAGCACAAUCGAUACUGAUAGUCUUAAUGGCGAUGAAAAUCUGGGUAACGUCUCGUUUACCCACAUUACAGAGACAGGCCAAGAUGAAACUAAUAAUGACUCGAAGUAUCACAUUCAGGCUACAGAAACAAAAGAUAAAUGGAAAUCUAACAAUGAAUCAAAUCUGAAAUUUUUUCCAUUCUCUCACACUUCGGAUAGCGGUCAUUGGAUGGAAGAAACUUGUAACUAUACCAUGUAUGACAGCCAAGAUCCAGGAAAGGCAGAUCAGUAUAAAGCGAAUGAUAGAGAAUAUCCGAGUAAUUCGUCAUUUGACCAUAUUUCAAAUACAGGCCAGUUCAUUAGCGAAAAUGAAGAUGUGAACUAUUAUACUCACGAUGCAGCUGCAUGGAACCCUAGUAAAGAGGAAACCACCAAGUCCAAGGCUCGCAAUACUUCAAAAACAGACGAUAACAAACCUGUGUUUGUUGAGGCAAAAAAUGUCAACGUAAUAUCAUAUGAAACGCCAGCUCUAUAUUCGGCAGGUGUGGUAAAUUAUGAUAAAACAUACAUAGAAGUAGAAAAAGGUGAUGCACAAUUGAAUCAAACACCAGACUACGAAGCAUCAACUGGAAUCAACGCAGAUUCAUUUGACCCUGAAAUAGACGACAGUGACAUAAAUCAAACGCAACAUACUCACAUCUAUCCUCACGUCAAUGUUAACAAUCGUCCACAAGAGUCUGGCAGGUUGCCGUGUAAUGUCUACAGUGACGUCGACUCUCUGUUUAACAGAGACCUGGGACUACACGCAACCAGCAUACGUCAAAUUUAUGUGGAUGAAAUGAAAAAAGAUGAAAAGGUGAACACUAAUAAGAUGGAUUCUGUACUAGAUUCUUCUGGUGAUAAACAAAUGGAGAAGUCGCUGUACAAUGAUAAUGACAUGAUGUUUACAGACAGAGAAGCACCUUCUGAAGAACGUAUAGAAGCAGACGACAUACACGACAAAGAGAAAAAUAAAUACAAGAUAUUAACAGGGAGUAAGGAUGCUCCACUGUAUUCACAAAGAGAUCGUAGUGUAUUAUCAGAGCAAGCUGAUGUAGACACACAAAUAAAGUCGCAAGAAUCGCCAGAGCAAGAAGACAAGAACGCACAAACAAAAUCGCAGGCUUCACCAGAGCAAGUUAAUAUAGACUCACAAAUUACGUCGCAAGAAUCAUCAGAGCAAGCUAAUAAUAUACAUUCCCAAACAAACAUGCAUCCUGGUAUAAAGUCAGAAACAGAGUUGCAAGUGUCCUCAAAACAACCUGAUAUUCAGGAAGACGUCUCGAAAGAAUCACCAGUGCAAGAUGACAAAGACAUUCAAAGAAAAUCGCGGGCACCACUAAAGGAGGCUGAUGUAGACUCAGAAAGAGAACAGACUAAUGACAUACAUUCACAAACAGACUCGCAAGUUACAUCAGAGCAACCUGGUGUAAAGUCAGAAACAGAGUCACAGGUAUCAUCAAAACAACCUGAUAGUCAAAAAGAAUUUUCGAAAGAAUCACCAGAGCUAGAUGAUAAAAAAGCAAAAAUUAAAUCACAAGAACAAUCUAAUAAUGAAGAAGACGUUUCGAAGCAUGAUGAAAAUGUGAAACCAGCAGUGGAGGAGAAAAAUUAUAUCAGUUCCACAAAAGCAUCAGCCAAUGAUCUAGAAACGUCACCAGAAAUGGCCAAAGACGAGCAUGUUGUGGCCACGGUGAUGCUGAACGCCGUCAACGGAUCAUCGUCGGAGAUCGCCAAAGUGCAGGUUUUCGAUCAGGAUCUGAUUCCCGCUAAACACGGAGAACUGAAGGGAAAAGUGCAUGAUCCCAACGGCUCAGUAGCUGUAGUAGACGCUGAGGAUGUGAACGAUUUGUCGAGCAUCUACAGAUUGGUCUACUGUCCAGAGGUCGUGGGAGUACAUAAACUGGAGCUGACGUUCCAGGGGAAACGAGUUUCUGGUCAAAUGGAGUUCACAUCAUUAGAGGAAGAUUUGUGUCUUGACGCCGUCUUGACAUUCAGUGGGCACUCUGAUAUAACAACCAAAUGUCCGCACUUGAAGAUAGACGACGAAGCCAUUUACAAGGAAUACGAAGUCAGUGAGGACGGGACGCUGUCGAACAAGAAGAAGGUGAUUAAGGACAACAAGACCAUGUUUAAGAAGUUCAGAGGUGGAGUUUCAACGCAGCCUCUAUCGUCUGAAAUUCAGUACUGGGAGAUAACCGUAGACUUCGUUUUGAAGACCAAACUCAUUGGUCUAAACAUUCUGCUGGAGGCUUCCAUAACUGACCGUGACGUCAUCGAUAAGGAAUACAAAUGCGAAGGACAGAAGAAAGCGUGGGGCGUGUCUUUGGCGCGUUGCAAGCAGCAUAACGAGGUCUGUCUGCGCAUGUGGGGUGAUGGUGUGGAUGGUCAGCAUACGUCAUUUCCGAUUGCUAAUGAACCGAACGAAAUAGCGACGCUGCGUCUUGGAUUCCUUUUGAUGCCAGAGAAAAGGCGAUUGGUCGUUGUGGACAUUGGACAGAAUUAUCUCCCUUUCGUCAUAAAUGGCGUGGAGACGGAAGUGCCACUGUGGACGGCGUGGGGAGUGUACAACGCUGAUUUGUCUGACGUGACACUGAAGAUUGUCAGUGGAAAUGAAAUUGUGAUUGACAGCCAGAAAUCUAAAUAUCUGUUCGACACCCUGACUCAAGAGGAGAGUGAAGAAGAAGAAAAACCUGGUACAAUAGCUAACGCUUUUUCUUCAUGGAAGAGGAGGUUCUCAUUUAUGUAAAUGUAGGUCAAAAUGAUGGUAGUUUCAGGCGCGAAUUAUUUGGCACAGCGAGGUCGGGGUUAACUAGCGGAUUUAUGCAGAAGUCCUAGGGUCGCCCCAAAUGGUCAAGUAUUUACGUUUUUCUUUGUUUAAGGUGAACAGACAAUCUCUAGUGUGUGUGUGUGGGGGGGGGGGGGGGGGGGGGGGGGG